AUGAAGUUUCUUACCUCAGCGAUUGUUGCCUCCACGGCAGCGUCAUUUGCCACAGCUGAGAAUUUCACGUCUGUCGAUCUCGAGCCCCCUCUCGACUGGGUUGUAGGAAGCUACUUGUGGCCUACGGAGAUCAUUGCUGGGUACAACGCUCUUGUCGAUGACACCGACUGGACUGACGCCACCUGGGAUGCCUAUGUCCUCGCCGAGUGCGAGACCUACACUGCGUGCACUUCCUCCAUCUCGUGGCAAGGAACGAACAGCGGCUCGGACGGUGGCAGCAGGUAUUGGUACGGAUACGUUUUCCGGGGUGGCCCUACCAACGAGUCCUUCUACGUUCGAGAUACAGACGAGGCAUCGAACGUCACCUUGUCUUCAGCCUGGACAAUUGUGGAGUGA